CAUGGCAGCGCCGUGCAAGUAGGACCCAAUCCGUACGGUAGCCCGGACAGCCCAGGCCUAUUGCCCUACGUCCCUACACGCUUUUCCCACCUUCAAAUCUCAAUAAAUUCUCACCACCCCCCUCUUCCCUUCCCUCACUACUCAUUUCACGUUUUCCCUUCCAAGCCCAAUUAUUCCUCCUCUGCUUUUCUGCUUCUUGUCUUUUGCUCUCCUCUAAGGCGUAGACGCGCAGUAUAUGAGAGAUAGAGAUGGAGAAUCAAGAAUAUAAGUCCCAUCACUCUGAUGCGUCGCGGCCAUCUAUAGGGUUCCCUCUGGGCACGGCGUUGCUGUUGAUCAUCAUAUUCUGUUUAAGUGGGUUCUUCUCCUGCUGCUACCACUGGGAAAGACUCCGCUCUCUCCGUGGAUCUUUCUCCGAAGAUACCGAUCCUGAUACUGAUACAACCCCUGAAUCACCUUCCAAAUCUAAACCCACCAACACGGACUCGAAGCUAAACAAGAGUGACAGCUUACCAGUGGUAAUGCCCGGAGAUCGAAUUCCAAAGUUCAUAGCUUUGCCUUGUCCUUGCGAACCGGGGCGACCGGAGAAGAUUGCCUUAGUGGUUCACAACCCUCUGCCACCACCACCACCUUCUCGACCACCGCCGCCUCCUCUACCAAUACCUUAUUAUAUAUGAAGAUUGAAAAUUUUCCACUUUGUUCUUCCUUUCUUUUGAUGCUCUCAAUAGUGUAUACAAAAUUGAAAUUACAGAAUGGAAAUUUUCUCUAUUUGAUUUUA